AUGAAUUCGUUACUGGGAGAACACUUCAAAUUGCAAGAAGUCAGCAAGCAUGAUCUUGCCAUUGCGUCUAUUGUAAUUGGUUUUACUUUCGGAAUAGGAACCCUUGCUACGGUACAUCCCACUUACCACCUAGCCGUCAUCUCUUGGAGAUCUAAAUUUUUCUCAUCUCUGACUUUGUAUAACACAGUGGAAAGCAUUCAAGCAGACAUCGAGAAUAUACCUACGUUACGGAGCUGCGAAGCUCAACACACCAUAUAUUGUAAGUACCCAUUGGGUCGGUCUUGAUUUCCGACCACCAUAGUUUGCUGAGUCUGUCUUCGUUAAAUUGUAGUCUCAAUUGGCAAUAGUAAGGUACUAACUUGGUGGCAGUGGAUGAUAUGGCUAGAGAUAAUAGUGUGUUGUGCUAUGGCCAUAAUAUCUUACCUUCACCUAUACGGGGUUAUUCCACACAGGUAUGUAUUAUACUCCAUUGUAGUUAUCUAUGGCUGAUAUCAAGUCUUAGUUUCUUAUUCUACUUUGGGAAUCGUAAGUUACUUAGGUGUUGUCGGCUCCUUCUUACUGAAUCCGCACAGUUGUCUUAUGGUCCAUCCAAGUGCAACUUUUGCUGCAGAUUAUCAUCAAUCGGAUCUGUCUCCUGCUACCAGACCGUAAAAAAGGCCUGUAUAUAAAAAUAGGGCCCGCAAUCAUAAUCACGGCGAUCAAUAUAUCAGUUUUCUGCAUCUGGAUUCCGGCACGACUGCAGAUUUCCGCAAGGAUGGAGUAUAUCAAUAAUAUUUGGGAUCGGUGUGAAAAGAUCAUCUAUUUGGGAGUCGACGGCUCUCUUAAUCUAUACUUCAUUCGCAGUGUUCAGAGGAAACUGGUGAAGAACGGGUUUGUGAAGUACGAUCGACUGGUGAGGUUCAAUAAGUGUCUCGUUGGGUUGUCGCUGUCGAUGGAUGUAUUAAUUAUUGCUACUAUGAGUUUGAAGAACGGCUUUGUGUAAGUAUUCUGAUCCCUCUCUACUAUCGCCAGCUUCAUUCUCGCUAACCUGCCUCUUUAGAUACAACCAGUAAGCACCAAAUGACUUCCCUGUCAUAUCUCGAUUUUAAACUUCUAUCCGCGCGCGCAAAAUAUCUUAUCGUAUUCAAAAGCCAUCAUUGCUCUCUCUUACUGAGCCUUAAUCAACCACAGAUUCCAUCCACUCGCUUACAUCGUAAAGCUCAAAAUCGAAAUGUCAAUGGCCGAUUUAAUCGUCAGAGUAUGCAACACGACCAACGACAGGGCAAUACCGAAGAACAUCCAAUUCCAUCUUCCAUUCCAGCGCAGCCAAAGCAGAGGAGGAGCAACCUCAGAACGCAGUUCCACCGCCCUCGAGCGAUUCGAUAUACUGAAUCCCAAGGAAAUAGCGAAGCCUGCAGAUACGUACAAAAGCAUUACCGAGAUACGCGAGGGGCAGCUGGCUGUGAAGAUGAAGAGGGAGGUACAUAUGAUUGUGGAGGAUAGAAUCAGCCAUGGUGAUCAGAAAAGUCUCAAGAGUUGCCGCUCAGGGAGAGCCUUUUGA